UACAACGUCCACCCCUCCAACCCCUUAAUUCGUCGGUUUUCUUGGCCGGCUUUCAAGCCGUUCGCCUCCCUCCGCGGUUACUCGACCGGCGGGUCGGCCUUUGUCUCCUUUCUGUUCUUGGCGGGCAUCCCUUCAAUCGGUAUCGGUGGCUGCAAGGUUCCGAGGGUCUCCUAGGAGAGCAGCCAUUGUUUACGACCCUUCGUCGGCGCGUGCGUAUUUCGCAAUCGCCCUCGACUCCGUAUUCUCUCUUCAGCUGACGGACACAGGCCAGAGAUUCACUGGAGCUCGGCAAUCCCUUCUUCGUUUGAUGCACUCGCGUUCCAAUUAUCCUUAGGCUCUUCCAGUUCCCUUUCGUUCGUGGGACCAAGUUGACCUGUAACGUUCUUUCCGGACUCCAACGAAACUGAUACGGUCACGUGCACCGAUACGAUUGCUCUUGCACCGUGUACGUCCUUUGCUUCUAGACGUUACUUAUUAUUUAUGUCAUUUCUAUCUCCCUUCAUUUAUUUGCUCGAGAAUUCCCCCGACGAACGACUCGUCUCAUUCUAACCCUUUAUUUAUUGCCGAUUUUCUCAUGAUACUGUAUUAAUUUGAAAUCUAUUCUGAAUUUCAACUCCACGUCUCUGAAGUUCAAGUUUUGUUUCUUUCGGAAGUUUGUUGGAGACAACUCUAGACGGUGAUACGAGACCAAGACGGACGCCUAGAUUUUAAAAACUUUAAAAAAAUUCAGUAAAUAAAGAGUUAGAAUGAACCGAGUCAGGUUUUGCUGGAGACGAUCCAACGACGCGUAUACCAGCGUCGUGUGGGUCUUGCGCCGGUAACGAUGAAGCGGUCGUUUCCCGAAUUCGAGGAGACCGGAACGGAAACGCCCGACGGAUUUUCGUCAUCGUUUCCACCGCGCCCAACGUGUUAACGUCACGACGAUUUCGAAGGGGUCGCAGCCUUCAACGGUCCGGCGUCUGCGCAGACACCGACGUCCCCGGCCGCGACUUUUCUCCGUUCUCAUCCCUCUCUGCGGCCCGAUUCACCAACCCCCCUCGACCGCCGAGCGAACGGUCAACCAUGGCGGUGGCAUCCGGAAGAUGCAGUCAUUGCCUUCGGGUUCUUCGAUUCGCUGCGCUUGCGCACCCUCCGCGCAACCCCCUUUCGCGAGAUUUCCAUUUUUCUUCCGACGCCGCAGCUUUUUCCGUCUUCUCCCUCUAUAUUUUUUCUCCCCCCAUUUCUCGUCAUCGUCCGCCCCCACCCGACGGCGUUCAGCGAUCGCGACAGGGCGGUGGGUGCAGUCGUUGCCUCUCCCCGGCGCCUGCGUGCAUUCCAACGUCGCGUUUCCCGUCUCGCUCUCCAUCGUUCGCCGUCUUUGUCUCUUCCUUCUGCUUCCGUUCCUCCCUCGCGACUCCCACCCCUGCGAGCCUGGCCAGAACCAGCGCCGUCGGGGGCGGCGGCGGCGGCGGUGGCCAGAGGGUGCAGCGAUUGGCGGCGGUGGCUGGCUCCGUCAGUUUAGUUACCGCACCACAUAAAGGCAUUGCGUUGUAGACACCGUUAUACCCGCAACAUUCUUACUAUUUGCUUGUACAUCUGUCUUCAUUUCUUGAACCCUUUAAUUCGACCAAAAAAAAAAAAAAAACAAAAACAAAAAAAAAAGCCAAACAAACAAACAAACAGAAAAAUUUCAAAGAAAAACUACCGUUCCGUAUCGUUGGUACAUGUACCAGUCGUCGUCCUCACCGAUCUAUCCGUAUACCGAUCAUUCUUGCUUUCUCCCGCCCACGUGUCAACGAGAUAUAAUCGAGAAAACCGUGUGUCUGUGUUCCAUCGCACGGCAAUACUAAAACCGGGUUAAAAAAACAAUACAACAACCGACAAGUAAGAAAAGAGUUAACGAACGUUAAACGAAAGAAAAAUAAAGAAAAGAAAACAAGAAACGACACCAGCGAUAAACCGCCCGACGAAAGAGAGACGAAGCAAUCGAAGCAAAUCAAUCGAUCAACCGGGGAAGAUACACGCCUUCGUCGAACCGACCACGGAUCGUUCAUACGUUGUUCCACGUGCGCCUUCGUCGGGAUUCUUAUAUGAUUUCGUUCGUCCCUCUGGACCACCCUUCCUCGAUCCCCUUUCUUUCUCCCUUCGCCCCCUGGACCCUAACCGACUAGUCGACGGAUCGUUCGAUCUCGAUCGACGGGCGCGCACGCUUCUCUCGGAUAUCGCGUUAAGAACGCGAAACGAAUCGCGCGGAACGUCGGCGCGUUAUCUCGGGUGCGCGAUCGGUAUCUGGUGACGCAAAAGGCAACGGAAUCCUCGUCUGGAAGAUCCUUUAAUCGGGAGAAGAGGCCCUGCGGAACGAAAAGAGAGAAAGGCACGGACGAGAAAGGGCGAGGUAGAGGGAGAGAGGAGAGAGCCUUAGUGUCGGCCGGUGGGAGUGAAAAAGAGACACUUGGAGGGUGUGUUCCGCGAUUUCGUCGUUCUUUUUUUCCCCAGUCCGUUUAGCCGGAAACGUUAAGGAAUCGAAGUGUUUCUGCGUGAAAAACGUCGUGGACCGCACACUUGGCUCGAUUGUUCGAACGGACGAGCUGGAAAAAAGAAAAAACCGUCGCCGACGUCGCGGCCGUACGGAACUAGUGAGCAAGAGACACGUUCGAGGAAUCUCGGGUAACUGUCGGGUGAUUGCACCGGUGAACGCGGAACUCGGACCCGGUUAAAUCGUCGCCGUAAAAAGUCGUUGCGCCCCGAGGAGAGAUAAACGAGAAAACGGUGCACGCGCACGCACGGUCGUCGUUUAAAAGGAAACUAACCACAAAAACGAACGAGCAUCGAAACGAAUUAAUAAUAGCAAAUAAUUCUAAAACUAACGGUAAACGAGAUACUAGUUAACAUAGAUAAAAAAAUAAACGGGAUAACCUGUAUUCUAAAAUAGUAAGAAAAGUAACUUAACCCACCGUCGUUUCGUUCUACGCCCAGAUAUCGGCAUCCUCCAACCACUGAUUUUCAUCGUUAACCGGUAUGUUCAUUUGUUUCUUUACUUUCGUUGCUUCUGUGAAUUUCUGACGUUCGAAUUAUUAUUAUCGUUCUAUUCUUAUAUUGUUAUAUUAUUGUUGUUAUUAUUACCGUUAUGAUUGCAAAGUAUUAAUUAUCGAUCUCUGUGUACAUAGAUCUAUGUGUUUUUGGUAAGCGCGCGCUAUCAGGUGCCGAUCAUUAAUAUAUGUUUGAACCCCCAUCACCCCGAAACAUCCUCGAUACAGGACCAAUCGAAGGAUCCCUUUCGGCAGCCAUCGUCAUUCUCCUUUCUCGAAACCCGAUCACGUCGCGCUCUCUUGGCCGAAACGGGGUUGCUUUAUUAGUUUCGAUCGAUACCCGCUUCGAUGAUCGUAAUUCGUCGAGGAUGAAGUAGUCCGUGGGGGAGUCCGAGGAGACGUUCGCGUUCCCAAUACUGCUGAAAAUACUUGGAUAGAGUAUAUUAUAUUUUUAUUAUUUUAUCCCAACGGGUUCUCGAUACCGUCGAAAAUUUCUCCUUGGUUCGUCGUUUAAUUUCGAUCCUUUCUGCGGGUAAAUUGUGCGGUCGAGGGAUCGCGAGCGUGUCUGCGCGACGUUUAGCGCGUUUCGAACGCAGGAUUAUCGACGAGACGAGGUGGAAACGUAUCAGCGUGCCAGCAGCUGACGUUUUCGACGGCGCAGUAUCGCGGGUCGGAGAAGUUUUGGGCGUGGCAGCCGAAAGCAACGCGGCCACGAGAUCGCGAUCGUGCACCGUCGCGUUCCUUUCGUCUCUUUCAGUUGUGAUCCUUCCUCCUUCUAGAGCAACCCGGCCUGAAAAAAUGAUAAUAACAAAAAAUGAACCAAAAAAAAAAAAAAAAAAAAAAUUCAAAAAUCAAACGAACCGAUCAAAGAAACCACAAAAAAUGAAAGAAAGACCAAUCACAUGGGAGUUUUAAAAAAGAAAAGAAAGAAACGUCUCAAGGACGGUCGAUCGAGUGCGAAAUGAGUUCGGUAACAGGAUAUGACGGAAAGCGGCGAGAGUGUGCAUGAAGGAUCAAGCAGAUCCAGGAUGGAGCAACUGGCACUGCGGGUCCUCGUCGAGGACAAGCAGGAAGUCUCGAGAGGGACGCUUUCGUCCGCGAUGAUGGCCUCGAUCACAAUGAUUUCGUACGUAGUUAGAGAGAAUCCGGUAAAAGAGUGCAAUGAUGGCGAACGGAAUGGACACGGUUGUGCAACAAAAUGGUGGUUCCACCCACGGGCAGACCUCGCAGGAAGAGUCGAAGACGAAUCUCAUCGUGAACUACCUGCCGCAGAGCAUGACCCAGGAUGAGAUUCGAUCCCUCUUCGCGAGCAUAGGCGAGGUGGAGAGCUGCAAGUUGAUCCGCGACAAACUCACCGGUCAGAGUUUGGGUUACGGUUUUGUUAACUAUCAUCGGCCGGAGGACGCUGAAAAGGCCAUAAACACGCUCAACGGUCUUCGUCUGCAAACUAAAACGAUCAAGGUAUCGUACGCGAGACCCAGCAGCGAGGCGAUCAAAGGCGCGAACCUUUACGUGAGCGGUCUGCCGAAGAACAUGACGCAGCAAGACUUGGAGAAUCUGUUCAGCCCUUACGGCAGAAUCAUCACGUCGCGGAUACUCUGCGACAACAUCACCGUACGACAGUUUGUGACCGGCGGCGGAGACUAUUUGCCCGGAUUGUCGAAGGGGGUCGGUUUCAUAAGGUUCGACCAGCGGGUCGAGGCCGAGAGGGCGAUCCAAGAAUUAAACGGUACCAUUCCGAAGGGCUCGACCGAGCCGAUCACCGUCAAGUUCGCCAACAAUCCGAGCAACAACAACAAGGCGAUACCGCCGUUGGCCGCCUAUCUGGCACCGCAGGCGACCCGACGAUUUGGCGGCCCGAUCCACCAUCCAACCGGCCGCUUCAGCACUGGCAAGGCCAUGCUUGCCAUUAACAAAGGCUUACAGAGGUACAGCCCGCUGGCAGGCGAUCUCUUGGCGAACUCGAUGCUACCCGGGAACGCGAUGAACGGUUCCGGUUGGUGCAUCUUCGUCUACAAUCUCGCCCCCGAGACCGAGGAGAACGUGCUGUGGCAGUUGUUCGGUCCGUUCGGCGCCGUCCAGUCGGUCAAAGUGAUCCGCGACCUGCAGACGAACAAGUGCAAGGGAUUCGGUUUCGUGACGAUGACCAACUACGACGAGGCGGUGGUCGCCAUUCAGAGCCUGAACGGUUACACGCUCGGUACACGGGUGCUUCAAGUCAGCUUCAAGACGAACAAGAGCAAGACGACGUAGGACGAGCAACACCAUCGCGCAACGGCCCCUGUAGGUGUGCCAGCGGUCAUGAUCGCAUCAUCGACCGCUUCAUCGACCGUUACCGUGACCUCGGAUACCUCCGCGACCGUUACCGUGACCUCGGAUACCUCCGCGUCCGUAACCGUGACCUCGGAUACAACCACGACCGUGAACCUCCACGACCGUGACCGGGCCAACUACAGGAAGUCGGGCUAUCAUCCGAAGAAACUCAAACCUUACAGAAGCACGUGGCUCGACUUUGUCGAAAACAUCGGCGAGGAGGAGAGGGUUACCUGGUUGGAGGCACUCGAAGAUUUAAACUUAUGAAAAAUGCACGGAUCUUCGCGCCCGGCUCGAUAGUAUACCCGGCAAGGGUGACGAAAACUAUUCCUUGAGAAAUGCCAUCGACGUUACCCCCGAAACGAGGGGUCUAUCAACAACUAGAAUUAACGAAGAAACGCGUAAGAAAGGACGAAAACUUAACAUAGACGAGCUAACACUCGCGGAAAGGUGCCCGGUCGUUCCGAAAGCUCCGAAAAGCUAUAGGACAAUCGCGGGGCCCGAUCCUCCCAGUAUUCCAAGAACGACUGCCAACGAGAGAUCCGAAACACGUUGUUAUCUCCAAGGGAAAACUGUUCGUAUUCCCUUAAUUAAACAUAUUUCAAGCAUCGUAACCGCGGCCAGAGUCGCGUCAUAUUCAUCCAAGUAUCGUUAGCUCUCGAACCAGCUGUCGAUGGCAUUUCGAGAACAAAAUUUUCGCGAGCCCCGUGGUAUACUCCCUCGAUCCGUAGAAAAAAAAAUAUCCGUGCGAUUCCAUUACGAAUCGAACAAUCUUGCUAACGAGAUGCUGAUCGAGUCCGUAGAGCCGACGGAAGAGAGAGGAGGGGAGAGAUUCAGGGUGCAAACGUACACGUGCGUGUGUCUGUCUGUGUCUGUGUAUGUGUGCGACGGGGCGGGACGAGGUGAGAUAGAGAGGAAGGCGUGAGAGUAUGGUACGUGCUGCGUGCGUGUGUGUAUGCGUGUAUCUGCGCGUGAGGGAGCAAGAGGGUCGAAGAGGAGACCGUCGAGAGGAUUGAAGGUAGGUCGCGAUAUCUUGAUAUCCGUAGACCGUGGCUGCGGGAAAAGCCGAAGGCCGACGGAAGGAUAACGGAGGAACGAGUCGUUACCUUUCGGUUCCUCUUACCGUUGGCCCUCUGUUCUUUUUUUCCGACUAUCGCUGGUUUCUUUUCUCCCAGCUCACCGCGCGAUCGAGGGGAAACGCGAGGUCGUUCGAAACGCGACGUUCGUCGCACGAUUCUCGACUCUUGCACGUACGUAUCGUUGGUUUAUGUAUAUGUGCACGAUCGAUGAAGAACUUUGCACACGGGGCGGGGGUGGGGUGGGGGUGGGUAGAGACGGGGAACGGGGGCGAAAGAUACGAUCUCCGGUCAGUCCACGACACGCGAUCCUCGAAUCGCAGCUUCCGGCGGUCGUUUCCUUUCACCCCUGCACGACACCAAAGAGUCACCGACGUCAGGCUGUGAGACUGAAACGGAAUUCGAGGAGUAGAAGACUAGACGAACGUACCAGCGGUUUUCCAGCGACCAAGCUGUUCGGUCGAGACCAGUUUUCUCAUCGAACGUCGCUGAUAUACCUGUAAGGUAACGACGCGCGUUCGAAGAGUUCGGAUUCAAGGGUACGGGCGAAUUCUAUCGGUUCGGGCCGAAUCACUUUGGUCGAAAACGUCCGAGUAGAUGGUCCCCGAACGGAUGUAUAACUCGCCGCUACUCCGAAUGCGAUCUCUUCGAACUUUAACUCGGAUAUUACCGAAGUAUCUUCGCUAGGUUCCUUAAAUUAUCGAUAAACUACACGUAAAGUGUAAUUGAAAAAUAAACUCUAAUCUCUAAUUAUAGUUGGUCUACAUAGGCAAAGGCUAGGUGUUUUUGCAACGAUGUAGUUCGCAUCGGCCAUAUUCGAAGGACGACAGCGACGCAUGGCUAACGGCCAUUUUCUCGCGCAUAGCGAUGCACGAAAAGACACCUUAAACAGGGGUAGUUGCGUACGCGGGAACGCGGCGCCAUCCAACCAAAUUUCUUCACAGUGAUCUCAUAAUCUAUAAUAUCAAAGCGACGAUUCUAGACGUAACGCGCUCGAAGAAGCGACGUCUCGGGAAUGAUCCUUGCACCGGAGGCCAAAGACGGGCAAAAUUCGAUACGAAUUACUUGUAUUACCAUUCCAUAAUUGAAAUUCCAACGACUAUAUUUACGAAUCGACCUUUUCGUACUCGAUACGCGGUCCGAGUGAAUUAAUAACUCGCUUCGUGGGGUUGUCAAACUUGAGGAGAAAGUCGCUGAUUUACCCGAUCGUGUUCACAAUAUUUAUUCGAACAUUAACGAGUGCCGACUCGUUCGCCUUCCUGUUCGUUGUUUUUAACCCGACAAGAAUUCGGCCCGAUCUUUGGCGGGAGCACGGCUCGAGAAUGAUUCCGAGCGAGAUACCUCGCGUUUCCUGAUCGACGUGAGCGUGGCAGAGGGAAAAAGAACUUGACGGGAAGAGCCGGUAGUAGCAGGUGGUCGUAGGUUCGAGGAGUAGCGAGCAAAGCGGGUAAAAGAGUGGCGAGAGAAAGGAUGGACACAGGCCGUGAGCGAGGACGGGACGGGGACGGAUCGAUCGAUCGAUCGGCGAAGGAGGCUCUGGUCGGGUCUCUCGCGCCAACGACUACGAAACCAAAGAAAUAACCGAACGAGGGAACGAUUUGGUUCAGCCUGUGAAGCUAACGUACUUAAAUCUAACUUCUAAUCCGUAGUUGAAUUAAGACGUCGACGAGUAAACGGAGAGACGGAAUCUAUAUUAUCGUAAGCUAUUUAAGAAGAUACAUUUAGGGGCUCACGUGCAUACGAGGGAUCUCGAGAUAUCCGCGAGACUAACGAGGACAUCGAGACACUCGACCCGAAGGAUUACGUCGUUCGUAACGUAAACCACCAGCUGUACUUUUCUUUUUGUUGCUAGUCAGACUCUUGUACUUCUCUGUCGGUUCUGUCCAAAGAGACCCAACGGUCGUUCGUUCGCGCGAACAACGGGGACCUUCUUUCUUAGUAUAUAUAUACAUACAUAUAUAUAUAUAUAUAUAUUUUUCUUUUUCUUUUGUUCUUUACGUAUAGACGAUGUUAGCUAUAGUACAAAGUGCUUUCUCGAGCGCGCAAGUCUGAUUUUACCGAGCGUUUACGGAGCUUCUUCUGAAAGAGUCCAUCGAGUGUGCACCGUGCAAACUCCGAAGACAGAGAUAAACGGUACGCCGCCCCGAAAUACUCCGAUUUUUAUAAUUACCGAACGUGGAUUCGUUCGUCGCUUUUCCUUUCUUUUGUUAAAAACGUAAAAUACAUAAAAAAAAAAAAAAAAAACCGUCUAACGUACAAAACGAUAUUCAAUAACGAGACGCGUGCGUCGCCGACAACGGAAACCGAACGCGCGCGAAGUGGAAUUUUACGAAUCGUAUACACGCUCGAAACGGUGCGCACGAUCGAUACCGAUCGAGAAACGAACGAGAUCCAAUUCGAUCGUCGGAACACGUGUCUAGUCCUACGUGCAAAGAGGCGGUCCCCGCGAGACAACAGGGCAGACUUUUUAAGCGUAGCAAAAGGUAAUCAGACAGGAUCGAUAGGAAGGCGCGAUUUAGGCGAUAACGAAUACGUAAGAUAAGCGAACCGUUUUUCGCUCGCGCUAAGUCUGGCGACUAUUCGCAGAGAUCCGAGGCGGUGUAGCGGGCGAAAAUUUUGCUCGCGCGACGAUACGGGAGGCGUUCGCGUUGGAUAGGAAGCUCCGGAAGGAGAACCUAGCUCCGAUCUCAGGCUUGCACACAGGACACGGGAGAUCUCGAUGCGUCGUCGCCGCGAGAAGGCGCGAGCGAGCGUUUUGUAAGUACUUAAUCGUGAAUAAAGCGACGAUUUCUUAAGCUCUUAGAUUUAGCGUAUAACGGGAGAGAGAAGAAAGCGUAGCGUGUAUAUGUUGUCCUAUUUAUGUGUACCUUCUUGUGUCUAGUCCUGGGAACACGGCGCAGGCAUCCUCGCGGCCGAGCGGAGCAAGAAACGGCUCCGUGGGGGCGGUUAGAGGGUCUGCGUCCCGUUUUCCCGUAAACGUAAUUUGAACCUCGAGCAACAAAUGCUAACUGCUAAGAUUUUAUUUUAUUUAUUUGAAAUACCCCGACGUCGGAUCGUUCGUUGGCACGGUUCCCGCGCGAACGACGCGCCCGGUCCGCGUCGGGGGCGAAGAGGAUCUCGAUGAUUAGUGCAAAUUAUUAUACACCGUGUGACGACGCAGUGCCGUCGUCGCGUGCAUUGGCGUGUAGAGGCAGCGAGGAGAACGGAUUCGACUGACCGCGAGCCACCCUUCGUUAUUCGACGCCUUCGUCGAUAAAGACGAUGCGAAACGCUUUACUUGGAGGGUUGGGCUUUUCCAGCUGGACGCUGUUCGUACGCGAUUCACGAGAUUCUAGGCACGGAGAACGAAGGGCGUGUCGCGUUUAGAAAUUUUCCCCGUGACCUGGCGUGCGUUUACGUACACCGCGCGCCGGUUACAUUUAUUAUUAUAAACGAUUAAUCUUCUCCUUCUCAUAAUUAUUAUCAGUAUAUUAAUUACACUUAUUAUUCUGGUUAUUAUUAUUAUUAUUAUUAUUAUUAUUAUUAUUAUUAUUACCAUCGCCAUCGCCAUUAUUAUUAUUAUUAUCUUUAUUAUUAUUAUUAUUAUUAUUAUUAUUAUUAUUAUUACUAUUAUUAUCAUUGCUAUUAAUUAUGGUCGCAUAUAUUUUUUGUGUCUCUCGUCUAGUAGCUACGUGUAACCUUAACACCUUAUUACUACUUACUUUCGUACCACAACAAAGUGAGAAAAGAAAAGUCUUACACUACUUUCACUUUUAACAUCAGCUACAUUCUUACCACCCGCUAUAUAACAUACUUACUAUAACUACCACCAACCACCACUACCGCUAUUACUACUAUUACUACUACUACUACUACUACUACUACUACUACUACUACUACUACUACUACUAUUACUACCGAUUAUUUAUUUAUUUAUUUAAUUAUUAUAUAACAUAACAGAAAUUAUGUUUUAUUUAAGGAUUAAACUGAUUUGUGUUUGGUUCGAAUACGUCGUUCGUUUUAUUUCGAUUACUUGUUUCAGUUGCCACCAAUCCGCCAGCCAUGUCCGACCCACCCCUACGGGCGCAUCUACAUUUUUAUCCAUCCCCGUAAAACUUCUUCCCGGCAUUCCUCGUUACUCGGACCGACGUGCCCGAGACCCAAUGACACGUGUUUGUGUGCGUGGCUGGGCGAGUGCGUGUGUGGCGAUAUUCGAGCGAUUCGUCGAGCUGUGAUUAAGCGUCAUCGUCGCGUCGCCGUUUCUCGUGGGCGAGCCUAUGGAACAUCAGAAGAGCAUUAGGACGUUACCUAAAUUCCAAUCGGACGCACGCUUUCUUCGAGUAACGAAGCUCCCUUAACCCUUUGCACUCGACAACAGUAGACAGAGCUAAAAAUUUCGACGACUGAACAUUCUUCUAGCAUGAUCGGAGCGUCGUGGAAAUAAAGUUUCAUACUACUCUAAAGUGUACCAGUUUGCAGCUUAGAAACCUAUUUGUGAACCAGUAUAGCUACGAACAGUUCGAGAUUCAACGAAAUCUAAGAUCUAAAACAAAGACCGUCGCUUCUAAGUCGUCCCUCAAGUGCAAAGGGUUAAUUUCGAUUUGCCAUCGAGGAGCAACGCCGGAUGGGACCGUUCCAUCGUCGCCCACGUUCGCAGAGAUUAGAAGCGAGACGAACGAAGGUUCGCGAUACUUCGGAGGACAAGACGAGGACGUAGUCCCUCGAACCGCGUCGAAUGUCGUCGAAUGGUGGAAACUAACGUCUCCGUAAACAGAGGAUUCAGAAAGGGACGAGACCUGCAGCUCGAACAAUCUCGAAGACGGACUAUCAUCUGUCACGUCCGUGAAAAUUCGCGUGCUAAUAUCCCGAACGAAAAAGCUUCCACCUGUUAAAGAUCACCGCGCUGCGUCUCAUUUCUUUCGCGAAACGAGAGACAUCUCUCCCCUGAAGCUGCUCAAUUUCGCGCACAGUAUAGUAAGGCCAAAUGGCUUCGACGAGCCAAAGAGACGCACAACGCAACGAGAAUCACGCACCGACGGAUAGAGACAGAGAGCCUUUUUAAGCCACAUUCCCACGCGUUCGGUAAGUGGAAACGGCCUGUAGACCUCUCCAGAGGCGAAUAAUCUCUCAAGGAUGUCUUUCGAGGAAUUUUAAUCACAAACACUUUGAUCAAGGAACCCUUUGCGCUCCGCGUACACCACGACUUAGCUAGUGUCUCUGUUCCAACGCGAACUGGAUCAACGAAACAAAGGAGCAAGAUGUACGAGCGUUUAUACAUUUUUUUUUUACUAACAACGGUACUUUUUUUAAUUUGCAGAAGCGGUGCCGCGUAUUUGCGCCCCUCGUAUUAAACGAAAUUAUCGGAGUGGAAAGGGCGAAUGCGACGAAUCCCUAGAGUCCUUGAAGAGAUUAUAUCGGCGUCGUUACGUGACGUGGGACUGUGACGUAACGCGUGCUCUGGCGCGUAGGUGGGAACGCGGCUUUAGCGCACUGAUCCGUUCUCGCGGAUCGGGAUAGACGAUCGAGAGGAAUCUGUGAGGCGGACGAGUGCGAGCAGUAGAGAAAGGGAGAACAGAGAGAGAGAGAGAGCGAAGGGUAACACGCUAAUCUGCUAAACUAUAGAACUAUAUUACCAUACUAGGUUAGAUAUUAUGCGCAUUGUAUUCAUGUAUCGAGUAAUCGUUGUUAGUUGUAUCGCUGCGAUGACGACGACGAUAGGGGGUGCUUAUCGUUCAUAGAGUAGGGGAACACGGGUCGGACGCGUGUACAUGGAUACGUGCACGCGUGCACGCGUAUCAAAGACGUAGCUAUACACGGGGGUCAGGUUAACGCGACGUCGGAUCGAGAAGAAGGUGAAAAAGACGCGUGGCCCUCCUCGACGAGGAGACGGAACGAUAAUUGCGCGAUUCGUGGCAGCCCGAGCCCCUUUUUCGGCCACUAAUUUUUCAACGCUAAAGGGGCCAACGACCUCGAACCUCGUCGCACAGGGUAGCACAAAGUACAUUUUAAGCUUCGGAAACGAUCGCGCCAGAAACGAAAAGACGUCGCUGUGAGUUCAAGCAACGCACAAUCGCUCUGUCCGCGUAGACAGUUUAUCCUUAAGACACGUACGAUUCGAUCGGUUCGUCUUCGUUCGCGGUCCGUUGCUAGAUGGAAGACGAACACCGUCUCAUUGUCACCAGUCUUCGACGCGAUCGUCGACGUUUCGGAGUCGCGGAACUUGGACGCGCGAAGGAACGAAUAGGAAAUACACGAUCUUCGCUUAAAUCGAGGCGACCGAUUUUUAGCGGUAGCUUCUUUGACAUUCGCAUUCGUAUCUCGCGAAGAAGAACCUUGCUUUGGUCGGUCGUCUCGGCGACCUUGCCGUAAGGCCGUACUUGCCACUUCCUGUUCGAUUCCUUCGCGGUCGCGGUUCCAGUCUUCAACGACAGGAGGAAACGGCACCAAUCGCAUUCCGCGGCUGCGCUCGUACUUUCCCACGAGUUCGGGGUGACGAGCAGAGCGAGCGAACCGAGAAACGAACGUAAAAGGGUGAAAUCCUCUUCCAAUUUGUACCGAAGCGACACGCAUACCGCAGAGACUGAGAUUUUAGGCGAAGUUAAUUAGCUCCGUGCAGGGAUACUCUUUCCCGUACCUUCCAGGGAACCAGAGUUCCUCGGGGACCAUCGUUUACGCUUUUCGGUGGACUUGAGAAAACGAACGAUAGCGUAGCACCUAGCGUUUAGAGAUUAAAUCGUGACACCCUCUCGCGGUUAGGAUAAAUCGAUCGAGCCUCGAGGUCGAGAGGACUCGUCCUCGCCAGAAAGUUUACCGCGCUGCAACGAGACUCUAUCGAUCGUUCUUUUUUUCGUCGCUAGAUGCCCGUGACGAAACGCGACCGUUUGCACAAUUUUGUUCGUUUCAGUAAGACAAACGUAUUCCCAAUGAUCGACGCGCUCCUUGCGUAACAACGCGGGCGGUAUUUAUCUUUAUAAAACUAACGGCUACCUACGCAAUCGAAUUCCCAAAAAUUGUCAUUCGACGAUAAUUGAUCUCCUUGAUAAGGGCUACUUCAACUUUUUUCAUUCGCGAUCCCGUUCGUGAUUGCGACUUUUUUCGCAACCUAAAAUAUAUAAAACGAAGGUGUGUAAAUAUUUUGUGACGAUUUCUUGGUUAGGUAACGAUAUAUAUAAAUACGAAAGAAUAUAGUGUCGGAAUUCGUUUAAAAACAUACAAAAAUAUGUAGCUAAAAAUUGCACGAAAGGUUGUGAAAUUUUAUUUACUACAGUUACGAAAGUAACGUACCCUAUUUGUCAUCAAAACUGCAUUUUUUGCAAUGACAUAAAGAAAAAAGAAAUAUCGAAGAGAGCGACCCGUAGUUUAAGAAGCCCUGUCCUUGAUCGAUGCCAUCGAAACAUCGUAUGUAAUUUGGUGAAAACAGGUUCGAUCGUCUCGUUCAGCGUCGCGACUUCUCGCGAUAGUAUUGCCGCCCUUAGGAAUCUCUUUGGUAUUCUUCGCGUCGGUUUCUUCUCCGUUCUCGCGAUUCGAUCGGUUCGACGAUGUCCUCGAUCCUUCUCGAGAGUUUCGUUUCUACGUUGAAAGAAACCGCUCCGUGCAAUGGUUGUCCGUCUUUUCUUUCUCGAGGCAGGGAACGAAAGAGGGAGCCGUUUCUUCGACGACGAAGGCGGCGCACUCUAAUGCGAGCGGUAAACCAAAGGAAACAAGAGGGAGCGUGAAAAUGUGUAUGCGUGAGAGAAACAAACGGCGACGAAGUACGCGGUGUCCGUGAGAAGGGAAGGUUGAAAUUAUUUUAUGAUGCGAGUCAGCGAACGUGAGGAUAAAAAUGAGAGUGAGAAAAAGAAAGAAAGAAAGAGAGAGAGAGAGAGAGACACUACCGCGGCAAACAAAAGCAGAUCUAGCUCACCGUAGGCCUAACUAAGAAAAAGAUGAAAAGUAUUUAUAUACUAAGCUAACUAAUUAAACGGGCGAAAAAGUGGAGAAAGUGAGAGAGAGAGAGAGAGAGAGAGAGAGAGAGAGAGAUGCCUGUCGAGCGAAAAAAAAGAAAACAAAGACUAAAGAGAACGAGAGAGACUGAUCGCGUGAGUGAGUACGAGAGAGUGUGAGAGGGAUAGGGCGAAAGGAGAGAGGGGAUAGAAAAUAACUAAACGAGUACUCGAGAAAUUUUACUCCGCGGCGAGUAAAGCACAACGAUCAACAAAAAAAAAAAAAAAAAUGAAGAAACCGAUAACCACUCUGUAACAAAAGACGAAAAAAAUUAAAAAAAAAAAGUAAUGAUAGGGGAGAUGCGCGGGUGGGGGGAUACAGAGGGUUAACGCGACGUUAGAGAAGAGGGGGCGGGGUGACAGAGAGCGAGGGAUACAGUCGGACGGAAGGCGACGAGAUGAUGAAACAAGGGAGGGAUGAAAGACGGGGGCAGAGGGGAAGAAAGAGAUAAUCUAUAAUCUUCUGUACAUGUUUUGAUUAUUCUAAUUAUUAAUUAUCGUAACUUAUUAUAAUAACUAUUAAUUAAUUAAAUUAAUUGAUAUCUAUGGAACUGUAUUUAAACGACAAAAAAAAAAACGUGGUAGCUAGUUUGUCAAUGGGUGUAUAAAUAUUUAAUUACGAUAAUUCUAUAGUGAUAUUAAAAGAAAAAAAAAAACAAGACAAACAAACAACAAACAAACAUACAGAAUACAACAAAAAAUGGAAAAAAUAAGUAAAUGUGCGUGAACGAGCUUUUGGGAGAAAGAUAGAGAGUACGCGCGAUGCUGAAUGCGAGAGAACGAGAGACAAAGAGCGAAAAAGCGAAGGCGAAUGUUUGAUAUACGCGACACGAACACACACACACACACACACACACACACACACACACACACACACCACACAGCAUCGAGAUGAUACACGAGCACACGUAAAAUUUCUUCAACUCAAAAAAAAAAAAAAACAAAUGAAACGAGGAAGGGAAAACGAGGGAAAACAAGAAGGAGUGAGAACCUGUGCGGGGAUGUUUAAAAUCGAAUAUUUUGGGGGGGCUGGUCAAACGGCCGAUAAUUAUAACGGGUGUCCAGGGAAUUUUCAUACAUUUGGACACUCGAAGUGAAUUUCACGGUGCUUCGUGGGGGUUGGGGGCUUCUUCCGUUUCGUUUCCUUUUCGUCGUUGCGCGUUUUAUUCCGCGAGGUUCACGCGAGAAACGUAACCCGGACACGACACACUCAUUUCAUCGACGUUUCUUUCGGGUAGAAAAUUAUCUAGUCGUCGAAUCUUUCGCGAUCCGUGAAAAGACUCGAGAAUUCUCCGGUUUCCUUUUAUUCGCGUUCGAGCAACGGCUGCGCUUCAGAGUUUCCCACUCUGGUUAAAUAAUUUAUAUUUUGCCGAGAACAAACGCUUGGUUAAACGGGGAACGGGUUGGGGUGCGGGGAUGGGGAUUCUUUCAAUCGAUAUUUUCAGCGAAUUCACGCGAUCGAGAGACGGAAAGACUGUCGGCAAUCAAUUGCUCAUAACCGAAACGCGAUGUAUAAAUUAUUUAAAAGAUAGCGGUGCAAGCUAUCGCCGUCGUGCACGAUCUAGAUUCUGAGAUAUCGAGCUCGGUGUUUCGCGACCCUCUCGACCCUCUGACCUUCGUUUCUCUCCGCACUCGAAGAGUUCGAUUACUCGAGUGGAACUUUCGAAGGAAGAAGAGAUCGAUUUCGAUUUAAGGAGAAUGCCGUGACUUGAUAUUAAGGUGAAGAUGGAGCCCUCGUGGAUCUUACGAAGGCCAACCGAAACGUCCGACCCAAUGCAGGGCUCGAUCCUUUCAAGAAAUGAUCUCUCUUUCUUCUAUCGAUACAUUCCGUGAAAAUGCACAGGCUUGCAACGACGAUUCGGAGGGUCGAGAGCGCAGAGCGCGCACCGAAUCGCGAUUAACACGUUGACGCCUGUGCGCGGUUCUCAGUGUCUUAGCCGCGAGGCGGCGCGGCAUCGGGUCGCAUUGUUCAGCACAAUGUAUGACCCACCGGUGGUGCAAGCCGGCGUGAACGUGUUAAAGCGUUAUUAGGACGAUUGACGCGAAGCGAAAGUAGGAAAGAUUGCGUUUCAAGAGAGGUGCUUGUUAGAUCUCGAUGAUCUCGUAAUAUCGAAGAUACAUUCCAUCCGAGUACGAGGGCUCUCGCGCGGAAUAAAAGACUUCCUUUUCUCGUCUACGACUCUCCAUUCCGAACUGUGUUCGUUUCGAAGCCGUUUCCGUUUCUUUAUUCCUUGUAGCCUUUAAAUACGACGAUUUGUCGCGGUCAAAGAAUGCUUUCUCUCUUAUACCUCGCGGUACCGUCAAUCGCGAAUGGGCGAUAUUUUAUAAACGAAUAAAUUUAAUUCGUUCUACGGAGAACACGACCACAUUAUUUACGUUUUACAUUCAUUCAUCAGGCGAAAUGUUCAAUUUAUUUAUCCAUUUCACAGGAAUAUGUCUGUUCUUAAAUUAAAUUCGAUCGUCUCCGCGAAGAACGCAUUGGAAAUUGUUCACUUUGAACCCGUUAUUCAAAAUUUGUAUCUGGACAAAAUUUCUGCCCAUGCGAAUACGUUCCAUUAAUUCCAGUCGAAUGUUCGGUAACGGUACCGUACGGGUUGAGGAACACCUUCGACCGAGUAGACGAGAAUCGACGAAUUUUUCGACAUUCCACGACGCCCAGGCCCUCGGGGUACAAAAAACGUUGGCGUUAAAUCGUAUAUUAUAUUUAUACGCGUAUCUAAUUAUCGAUCUCGAACGGACGCGAUCCCGCGAGCCAUCGCCAAAAGACAAAUUUAUCCUUUCCUAUUGAAAGGACGGGGCAUUUCUAUAGGGAAAUCGAAUGAAAGUUUAUUCGUCGACAGUAUUAAGAUAUAAGGGAACCUUUUUUCCGAACGGGGAAACGUUUAUCCGAACGAGCACCACGCUCGCGGAAUUCUUUCACGACACGCGAUGCCGUUUUCCCUGCGAUCCAACAAAUUACGAAUAGCCUGUUCAUUUAUUAGCUCAUCUAUAUUUCGUUGUCUCUUCGAUCGAGAUUAACGCGUUCGCGCCGGCGCUGCUAUUUGCGUUUCUCGCCAUGGGACGGCACGGUGGUACUCGCCAUCUGAUAGACACGCAAACGUGAGCAACCCGUGGUACACGCCGGCGUGAACGUCUUAAAUCAAGAGCUGAGAAUUUCAAGCGUAGAACGUUUCUCGUAUUUUUGUUUCCAAACUAUAUACGCGACACCUCCAUUCUUUUAUCUUCCAACGUCUUCGUUGCCAAUUGUUUCUUAGUAAUUCGAAUCGUUCGAACGGCGUCGAGUUUCGAGAAGCGAUUCCCGCGGGCAAAAUCGACAAUUAUCAGCGCGGGUGAUCCCCGUAACGAUCAAUCUCCGCGCUCGCGGUGAUUCCGUAAUUACUAUUAUAAUACCAGAGAUUUUACCAUUACGAUAUUAUAACGUUGUAUGUGUUAUAAGUGUUCAUAAAAAAAAAAAGAAAAAAAGAAGGAGAAGUUAUUAUCACCCAGGAUGAAACGCAGAGCAAUACAUUUUCGUCGUUCGAAGGAAACGGUGACGUAGGGACGAGAUGAAAAACGAAAAAAAAAAAAAAACAGAAACAAACGAAACGAAAAACCGCGCGGCUCCUUUUUUCCAUUUUUUUUUCUUUUUUUUUUUUUUGCGAUCGAAGAACCGUUACGAGACGGUUUCGUCGAGCCAAAACGAACAAAAAGUCGGGGACAAGUUUCGACGGUACGUUCCGUAAAAAUAUACAAAUAGAAUAAAAUAGGGGAAACAAAAAAAUAAACAGAAAAAGGAAAGCGACGAGGCUCUCGUUGAUUUCCAAGGGAUCACGAUCGAAAUCACGCGGAAACAAUCUGUCCGAUUGUUACAAAUCGUCUUUAGAGAAACGUUUUACAGCUUUAAUGGGAAACAACCGUAGACGUAAACGAACGGAGGGCACUAAUUAAACAGAAACUAACAAUACUGAUAAUAAAAGACAAAAUCUAAAAACGAACAAAAAAAAUAUUAAAGCGAGGGAAGAGCGUAAUGAAAGGGAAGAAGAACGAACGAUAACGCGAGAAAAAGUAUAGAAAUGUAUUAUAUCGAUCCAUUCGUUUCCACCCCGAAUCUUAUGUAACGAAUAAUAUAAUACUUCUCGAUUGUCGCCCUGUCGACGACCCACCACCGUUCGUCGAGAAGAGCUCGCGAACGAUUUCUGUUGUAACUGAAGAAAAUAUAAUCUGUUGCUCUUGAAUCUGACGCAAGCCGUUCUUUCCACCCGCAUAAAAAAGAAAACAACACUUCCGUUCGCGCACUUCUCGAUUCAUUUACGUCUGUGCCAUGUCGCGGGAUCGAACGUGCACCGCGACGAUCCGAUCGAUCGGUGCUUUCAUCUUCCGUUUCGUUCGACUCGUGUUAGCGUGGUCCGAUAUAUCUCGUCAUGUAAAUUAAGAAUGUGAUACGCGAUAUUAUAUUGAUAGAUCGAUGAGCGAGUCGGAAACUAUCGGAACCAAUUUUGGUAGACGCCGGCUCUCGUUCGUCGUCGAGAGAAACACUUGCACGGACAACGAUCGAGCUGAAGAAAAGAAAUCCGAAUGAAAUUCGUGAAUGUCGAUCGAUUUGUACGAAUAAUAAAUACCAUCGUAAACGUUAAAUUAUAUACAGUCAGUGCAAGAAGUAUUCGUACAGCAACCGAUUUAAAAAAAAAUGGUUCCUGUACGGAUAUUUAUUACGCAUUUUCCAAUUGUACGAGAACAAAAUUUUCACGUAAAUAUUUUCGCGAGCGUCGCUUUUGAAUUGAGAGCGUUAAAACGCGCGUUUGAUUAUCCGUUUCACAGGAACGUGCCUGCACCUAAAUUAAAUUUGAUCGUCACGACGGCAAUCAAUUCCAAAAUAUCGCUCUCGUCGUCGAUCAAGCGCACCUCGACUUUCUCUAGAGGGUAAAGAGGUGGCACGUUGUUUUUCGUCGCUGUAUUCUCUCGACGGCCGACUGCCGACGGUGUUGCUUAUUUAAUUAGACUUCGGAUGAAAACGAGUUGAGUAUUGGUGCGUUUUAGCGCCGGCGAGCGAAAGGGAGGAAGGGAGAAAAAUUAAAAAAUUAUCGUCGGGUAACGAGCCGAGUUGUUCCAUCGUUGUGUUCCGGUUUUUUCAGAAAAAAAAAAAAAAAUGAAAAAAAAAUGAAAAAAAAAUAA